AUGAUAAAUGAUGAAAGGGAUUCAAGGAUCCAACUUAAACGUACAAGGGAAGAAUUUGAGAGGAGAGAGGAUGAUGCCAUUAUUAUGGUAGUGGUCAGUUUUAUAGUUGCUGCCAUUGGUGCUUGGUACUAUACAAAGCACAUGUUGAAGGAGAGUUCAAGAACACACGAAGAAGAGGAUGAAAGGACAUACCUUAGAAAGUCUUGGAUUCGAAAUCUUAUUUGCAAUGCAAAUAACUGUGUUGAACAACUAAGGAUGAAUCCUCAAGCGUUUAAGAGGUUAUGUGAUGUUCUAUGUACUAGAGGGGGAUUAGUAGCAUCAAGAAAUGUCACGAUUGAAGAAAUUGUCGCUAUGUUUUUGCAUAUUUUAGCUCAUAAUGUAAAAAAUAGGACAAGCAAGACAGAUUUUUAUCGUUCAAAUGAAACAAUUAGUCGGCAGUUCCACAAAGUACUUCAAGCAGUCAUGAAGAUAGGAAGCCUCUAUAUUAAACAAGAAUAUACAAAUCCUAAUGAGAGAGACAUAGAGAAGUGGAAAUGGUUUGAGGAUGCUAUCGGGGCACUUGAUGGGACUCAUAUCCAAUUAACUAUUCCUUUGGAAGAUCAAAGUAGAUAUCGAAAUAGAAAAUGA